GACGAUCCGUUGGCUCUUUAUACUGGGAUCAUUAACUUACCAUUAUUUUUUUAUUGAGUACUGUAAAAUUAAAAUUUGUGAUUUAUUCUGUACUAUGGGAAAAGAAAGUUUCUGGCUGCUGGUAUUGGGAUUUUCUCUUAUUGCGAGCGAACCAAUUUCCAACUCUACUGAAGAAGUAUUUACUAGUAACUCCACUGAGCAGACAGUGGACUACAGUGACAUCAACUCCAAGUUCUCCAUCAGGAGUGCAGAAUUCCCUGACGAGGAUCUUUGCUACCUUGUUCCAGGACAACGGGACUCUCUUUUUGACUGCAACUUCAAAAAUGAUUCCCAAACCUUCCUUAUUAUCCAUGGAUGGUCGGUUGCAGGUCUGUUGGAGAGCUGGGUCUAUAAGCUUGUGACGGCUCUGUUUGACCGAGAACCCAGGGCCAAUGUCAUUGUUGUGGACUGGCUGGAUCGGGCCAACAAACACUACCCCAAAUCAGCAGAAAACACCAGACUGGUGGGGGCAGACGUGGCCAAGUUUGUCAACUGGUUGGAGGAGUUGGACUAUCCGCCGGAGAAAGUGCAUCUUCUCGGCUACAGUCUCGGUGCACACGUGGCAGGCGUUGCAGGAAACCUCACCAACAACAAAGUCAACAGAAUUACAGGUCUCGACCCAGCGGGCCCCAGCUUUGAGAAUGCUGACAGUCUGAGGCGUCUGUCACCUGAUGAUGCCUCCUUUGUGGACGUCCUGCACACAAACACCAGAGGCUCGCCCGACCUCAGCAUCGGCAUCCAGAGACCCGUGGGUCACGUGGACAUCUACCCCAACGGUGGAACGUUCCAGCCCGGCUGCAGCAUUCAGCACACCAUGAAGCUCAUCGCCACCUACGGCAUUUACAACAUGGACCAGAUUGUCAAAUGCUCCCAUGAGCGCUCCAUUCACCUGUUCAUCGACUCGCUGGUGAACCAGGCGUACCAGAGCUGGGCGUACCGCUGCGGCUCCAAAGACGCCUUCAACAAGGGCCUGUGUCUGAGCUGUCGCAAGAACCGCUGCAACAAACUCGGCUACAACGUCAACAAGAUCCGCAGCAGCAGGAGUGCAAAAAUGUACCUCAAAACCCGGGACAUGAUGCCUUUUAAGGUCUUUCAUUACCAGAUUAAGCUGCAUCUUUUCAGCGACAAAAACCUGACUUUACUGGAGCAGCCAAUGAAAGUUUCUCUGUUCGGGACGACCGAUGAAAAGGAUGAUAUCUCUGUCAUUGUGCCCAGCCUGAUCACCAACAGCACCAUCUCCUUCCUGGUGACGUCUGACAAGGACAUCGGAGACCUGCUGAUGCUGAACAUCCAUUGGGAGAGUGACUCGUAUCUUUAUGGCUUCUUCAGCACCAAUCAGUUCAUAAUUCGCAGAAUGAGGAUUAAAUCUGGAGAAACACAGUCCAAGGUAAUAUUCAGACCCAAAGAAGGAGAAUUUGGUUCGCUCAUUCAGGGUGGAGACCCUGUUGUGUUUGUGAAGUCCACUGAAUCCCCUCAGAGCAGGAGAGAGGAGAGGAAGCACAGACUGAAACAUCAUCGAAGCUUCUUCAAACAGGGCGCCAAUGAAGCGGUCGCAGAUAUGAGUAAAGAACCAGCUUCACUUCAUAAUGAAUCGACAGAGGUCGUGACAGAAACCACCACAAAACCAAACACAACUUCAUGAGGUCAAGGAGAGAAUUAUAUGUAGAGUUCAGAAACCCUUGUUAUUAGUGACACCGGUGGCCGUUAAGUGAACUGCAGCCAGCAACUGCACGUUCUCGCAUACGUAACGCACAAGAGACUGAACGUGAAUCAAUGCCCCAAAAAAACUCAAUGGUGAAGUUCUUUUUCGUUCUUAGCUUAGAAGUAAAAAGAAGUUGGAAAUACCUUUGCAGUGAUAUACGAACAUCCAGAUGCCGUUCACGCUGCUGAGAGUGACGUUUCGAUGAAUAUGUAAAUAUGUGCAGCGCGCUUUCCUCUCAAUAACAAAAUAAAAACACUACAAAAAUGACAGUGGUGAGAAAACAGCAGUUAAGAAAGCAUUUGAUCAUAACAGCUCUGCAAUUCACCGUCAUCAUGUCGACAGAUGAGGUAAUUAAAAUUACACUGUUAUGAUAGUUAGUUAUAAAGUAUAUUGAGGCUGUAGACUAUUUAUAUCUGACUAUAUGAGACUAUUAAUCCCUUUUCUUUGUAUGACACAGUACAGAAUGGCUCUUUCGGCAUUAUCCUGAACAUUGUAAGCAUUUCAUGUGUCACUGAAUGGAAGAGAGGCUCUCAGGAGCGUGUAAACGUCACAUCCUUUUGAUUUUCCCGGCAAAAACGACAGAGUCCUUCAUGUGAAAAUCAGUCUACAGGCUUUCAAACUAGGAAGUUGGGGAAGGUCUCGUUUUUUUAAAGUUUCAUUACAAGCUAUUCACACAUUAACAGUAAAAAAGUGAUUAAUACAAUUCUUAUAUAUGGCCCCUUUAAAAUGUUUUGUGAUUUUUAUUUAUGCUAUUUGCACCAGAUUUGUCUAAAAGUACUAAUUUGAGAAUGUAGGCUUGUGAAUUUUACUUUAUGAUGAUUCACAUUACUGUUAUACAGUAAUUUUACUUCUAUUUUAUUAUUUACAUCAGCAUAAGGGCAUAAAAUAAUGACAAUUAAGCAUAAAAAAAUCCCAAUGUUCCUAAAAAUAGGUUUCAGUGCAAAAAAAAAAAAAAAUUCUUAUUUCUUUCUUUUGAUUUUGGGGGAAAAUAUCAGGUUUUGUGAAAGAUGAUGUUUAAUUUUUGGCCUGUAGACAGAUUGUGUGUUAAAGAAUAUUUAUCUUCAGAUUUAGUAGAAUAGAUUUUGUAAACAUAAAACACAAGUCAAGAUAAAAAUGACUAAAAAUGAACUGAAGUGAAGCGGUUUAUACACAUUCAUUAGCUGUAGAUGAACAAUAUUAACAGUGAUCUGUACAUGAAAUCAAUAGAAUUUAACAUUCCAAUCAGGUAUAUAAAAUUUCUGUUUAAUAUAUUUUCUCAUCAACAAAUCAAUGCAAUUUGUAUAUUUUGCUGUAUUUCAGGUGAACACCUUUGGUUAUUUUUAUAUUUUUCUUUUAUGUUUUUAAUGGAGGGUUCAGUCAGUUAGUCCAGACAAUAAUUACUAGUUUAACCUGGAACAUCAUCUACCAACUUUAAAGGAUACUGUAUAAAGAUUUUUUUAUUGUGCACAAAUUGAAACGAAAUCUCUUGGAAUCCAUAUUUGUUCUUUGGUCUACUAACAAAUGACUUGCUGAAAGCAUCUUGUGUAUUUAUAUAUGUCAUGAUCACGCCAGGCUCUCCCUCACUCACACUCACCAGAGACUACAUUUCCCAUCAUCCUCCCUGGCAUGCAAUCACACACACCUGACAUUCAUCAGACCUUAUCACCACCACUAUAAAUAUAGCACACACACUAUCAGUCAUCGUCUGAAGCUACAGACCUCUCUCCUGUUUACCAUCAUCACUAAACUGGUUUCCUCUUCCAAGUCGAUCUUCAGUCAACUACAAACCCAUGAGCACCUCAAGCUGUUCAUCAGUCUUCCCUUGUUUCAACUUGUUCCUGUGUGUGUGUGUGUGUGUGCGCUCUCCACCGGGUCUAUAAGCAAAAAACUCAAAAUUAGCAAUAAUGUCUAUUCUCACCCUCAACAAUCUGCAAUUUUAUUACUUACCUGGUCAACGAUUGUGUUCCUGUUAAUAAACACCUUGUUUGAACUUUA